AUGGGUUCGUCUGGUCGACCGCGGUGCGGCGUGGGGGUUACCGGAUACCUGUGGGCUCAGGUGACGAGGGGGAGUGUGACGGCGCGGUCUCUCUUGGCCUCGACAGGUGACCUGGGAGUGGCCUGGCUGACCCUGACCUGCUGCCGCCUGCGGCUGGCGCCCCUCAACCUCCCCGACCUCGACGUGGGCGUCCCCGUGCUGGAGACCUUCCACCAGGACCCGCUCGGCUACAUCUCGGAGAUGUGCAUCGGCCAGCCCUGGGUCCACGUGCUACCGAGCUUGAAGAGAGGCUUGAUCGUGGGGAUCAGCAAGACGCUACCCGAGGAGACGCCCUUCAGGAGGUACAAGGACCUGCGGCGACACUGGAAGAACAUGUACGGAUACCGCCUGUCCGAGGAGCCGGCCGACAUGUACUGCUCGGUGUACUUCCGCGCCCUGGGCGGCGUGCCCAUGACCUACCCGUGGCCGUGCCUCACGCCCAGGAUGCCGUCCGGGUUGCGCUGCCUCGACGUGCAGGCCGUCGUGCUGAGCUUCCUGGCCGACGUGGCGCUCAGGAUGCCGACGGUGUGCGGCGAGCCGUCGCCCGUGGCCGUGGACGGCAUGGCGCGGCUGACGGCCACCCUCUGCACCGCGGCGGCCCCCGAGGCGCAGUACGACGCCGCCGGCGGCGACCCCAACAGCGGCGCACCGCCGCCGCCGCGCCCCAACCUCAGGCCGCUGGCCCUGGGCGAGAACACGUCGCCCUCGCCCCCCAGGAACCAGGACACCGACGACGAGAGCGUCGCGAGCACCUGCCCGCUCAGCCUCGCCACGCAGAGAGAU